CCAAUGAAAUUAACGAAAUUUUAAUAUUUCGAAUUUAAAGCUUAUAACAAAAAAAAAUAAUAAUAAAAAUAAGAUAACAUAAUUAAGAUGGCAAAAGGAGCAACAAAAGGAAACAAGGGAGCUAAGAAGGCUGGAACACCAAGUCAAAUAUUUAAUUUAUUGUAGAAGCUACAAAGAAUGUUAAAAAAGUAACAAAAAAGACCACUGAUGCAACUCCAGCACCAGCCCCAGUGACAACAACAACAGCACCAGCACCAACUACCGCAACACCAGUUGCUGCAUCCACUCCCAAAAAAUAAGGAAAGCAAGCAACAAAAGCAAAGAAAGCUACUAAAAAAGCUACAAAGAAGGCUCCUAAGAAGGGAAGUAAGAAAUAAGCCAAGAAAUGAUU